AUGUCGCCAUAUCAACAAAUCUUCUCUACCAACGCCGUCCUCAGUGUCUGGCGCAAUCUUCGCAAUACCAAAGACAACAAUGAUCUUCUCCUCGCAUUUCAGUAUCACCAAGAAGAUGCUCGCGGCCAGAAGGGCAAGAAAUAUGGCAAAAGCAAUACUGUGGACAGUACGCAAGAGAUCGCAGAUGGGAAGGCAGUAGAUAUCGGCGGAAAGAGCAUUGGCUUCGUCGUGCCAUGGCGAGCUAUGCAGGCGCAAAGGCGUGAGCUGAAAGAGAAGGAGAAGGAGCUUGCUGAGGCGCUGGUGGCUCUUGCUGGAGAGGUUGCAUUCACUGACCUUUCUUCUACCCUCCAGUCUUCGCUCACGCAAAAUCCGCUUAUUCAAAUCCGCCACCUUGCCGCUGGCCUUUCGCGGCAAAUGUCAAAGAUCGAAUUACAGAUGGCCGACAACGCCCCUUUUGCACACGGAAAGAACCUAUACACGGGGGGCGAGAUAGCACAAAGAUUCCUCCCACCAAUACAAACGCUCUUCGAACAGCGACCUGUACCACAACGUAUGAUCUUCGAGCUGCUAAUGGAGUUGAAAGACUUGGUCUACAUGGGCAUGGCAGGCUGUGAGAAGGAAGUACUGGAGUGGGAAGUAGACGGUGCCGCGAUCGGAGCGCUUGAGGAACUGGACGAUGCGAUGGUCAGAGCAGUCACGCCGAUAGUCCCGACUAUCGAACCGGAGCAACGAAAAGAGCUAGAAACCGGACCUAGGCGCCUGCUCAGGCGGAAAGCGUCAAGUCUCAUCUCAAAUUCUCUUGUAGUACAACAGCCCGUAUCAUUCCUCCUUGCGGCGCCAGAAGAGCUCCUCUACAGUCUCGAAUCGCUCGAAACGACCGCGCUCGCGCUUACUCAUUUGCCUCUCCCUAUACCCGAUCUCUGCGCGCACGCCGUCAUAACCCUUCGUCGUCUCACACCUCGGCAAACUCUUACGGACUUCUCGCAGCAGAAGAAACGACGGGCUGGUCGAUGCGCGGAGUACGCACGUUGUAUGAAGUGGGCAGGUACGCAAUGGCGGCAAAAUGGAGGCUGCAGAAGAGGCUGCGUGAAUGAAGACGAAGACCCUGAAAAUCUCCCUAGCUGGCAUAGGAGUAGUCGCUGGUUUGAUGAAAAGGGCAGCGGAACGUUCAUGGUCGGUGGCGGGAGGGCGACGCCGAAAGACGAUGGGUUUGGAGUUGUCAAGAUGACACCUUCGUAG